AAAACUAUUAAGAGAGAAAACCCUGCCAGUGUGUCCUAGUUUGACGACACAAACUCUGAUGACAGCACAUUUGCUGAAUUUCAGUAGCGAUGCACAGCCUACGGAUGUUAGCCACAGUCCUCUUGACGUCUUUUUUAGUUUUCUCAUUUUGGACGGGAGAUAUUUAUCAGGACUGCCUGUUUUGAUGUGAAACCUUUUAAGAGCUGGGAUCUUUUUCACCCGAGCGAGGCCGUGGUCUGCAGGGGUUUCCGCCAUCAUGGUAUAGAGGAGACGGAUAUGGGGCAUCUGCUUGCUUGAUACCUUUCAAGCCUAAAACAGGAGCCUCAGAGAAGCAAAGCAAAAUGAAGAAGUUUUUGCAAAAUCGGAAAGGGAGACACUCUCUCCGCCAGAGCAAGUCUGGCUCUCGCUAUGCAUCUAAAGAUUUCUUCCUGACAAUGCCAGCCUCCAAUCAGGGCUGGCCAGAGGACUUUGGCUUCCGCCUAGGGGGCAAUGGGCCCAGCUACAUCUUGUCUGUGGAGGAGGGGAGCAGUGCCCACCUCGCUGGGCUGCAGCCAGGCGAUCAGGUCCUGGAGAUCGAAGGGCAGAAUGUGUCCACUCUCGGCACGCAGGCCCUGAUUGCCCUGGCCCAGGCCCAGAAGAACAUCCCUCCCAGCAUCGGCGUGGUGUCACGCAUACAGCAGAUAGACAUCACCCCGGGCCCUGAUGGUCGUUUUGGCUUCACUAUAGUUGGUGACUGCCCCCUGCUGGUGGAGGACUGCUCCCCAAACUCCCCAGCUGGGCGCAGUGGACUGAGAGCAGGAGAUUAUGUCAUGGAGGUCAAUGGGAUUCCUGUGCGGCAGCACGAGACGGCCGCAGCCAUGAUCAAGGCGUCGCAGGGCCGCACGCUUCGGCUGGGCGUGCUGUGCAUGGCCAACCAGCAGGGCCGCGCUGGUGGAAGCAUUAAAGAGUUCCACCAGGGCGGUGACGGCCUGCGGCAGGACCGGAAACACAAAGCCAUUGAGUUUAACAAGAAGAUCGAGCAGGUCCUGGGAGACGAGCCCGAGGUGAAGAAUAGGCUGUUCUCAGUGCUAAAGCAGUACGCCACCGAGAGGAAGGUGGAAUAUUUGGCCGCCAUCCUACCAGACAUUCUGACCACUGAGGAGCACCGUCAACUCAUCGGCAAUAUCAGGAUCUUCAUUCCCAAGAAGCACCGGCAGCGCUUCGACGAGGUCGUCUCUCAAAGCCUGGCCAACCGGCUGUACCGCAGGAAGAGUCUAAAUGACUCGGCGCAGAACCGGCUGCACCGCAGCCGCAGCGAGGACCACCCUGAGCGCCUGCAGGUGUCCACCAGAGCCAGCUCCGUGCCCAGGGCUGGCGGCGAGGAGGACGCGCCGCUCAGCAGGGGCUUGAGAAAGACGACCUCACUGAUUGCUGGGAACUCCUCUGGGGGAGCCAACCGCAGGACAGUGCGCAUAUUCAGGGGAGGCACGAGUUUUGGAUUUACGCUGCGCGGACAUGCGCCUGUAUGGAUUGACUCAGUCCUUCCAGGAAGUCCAGCAGAGAAAUCUGGCCUUAAACCUGGGGACCGGAUCCUAUUUCUCAAUGGACUGGACAUGAGGAACUGCUCCCAUGAAAAGGUCGUGUCCAUGCUGCAAGGCAGUGGCGCCAUGCCCACGCUGGUGGUGGAGGACGGACCUCUCACCUUCACACUGGCCGAGCCGGAGAAGGAGGACAUCCCCCAGCGCUCCCGUUCCCGUUCCCGCUCUCCUGUGCUAAGCUCCCUGCAGUGGGUGGCCGAGAUCUUGCCGUCCAGCAUCCGGGUCCAUGGACGCACCUUCAGCCAGCAGCUGGAGCACCUCCUUACCCUUCAGGAACGCUACACCAUCUGCAAAGCCCUGGAGACCUUCUUCCAGCACAGGAACGUGGACACACUCAUUGUGGACGUAUUUCCCGUGCUAGAUACUCCAGCCAAGCAGGUGAUCUGGCGCUUCAUCUUCCAGCUGCUGACCUAUGAGGAACAGGAGCAUUGUCAGCAGAAGAUCUCUCGCUUCCUUGGGUACAGAAUGGCGGCAGCAGAGGAGGCUGAGGCUGGCCCAGACCCCCACAGGCGCAGCAGCUCUGUGAAAGUAACUGGAACCACCUACAAGACCAGUGUGCGUGAAAGGAGCACGGAUGAUUCAGUCAUAGGCACUCACCUGGGAAUGGGAAUUUAUAGUAACUCUGUGGAGUUGGGGAUGAGGCUGGGUCCAGGAGAGAGGCAAUCCGGAGAUGGCACAUCCCUCCCAGAGACCUCAAACCUAAAGAACAUGUCAGGAGAAUAUGCCGAGAUCGAGAGCGUGACUGGGGGGGGGUCUCUUCUGAGUGACUCUUCACCUGCUCGAGAUGAUCUUUCUGGUCCAGAAGCCCAUGCACAGUCCCUCUGCCCCUCCAUGCAUACUAACAAAGGUUACGGAAAAUUUGCCCCCACUUUCUUAUGGACGGAACCCUUGCCCAGCCCCCAGUUUAGAGACUAUCCCCAGGCUAUUCCCUCACCAGGCAGUACUGAUCCUAACCCUUACAUCAGUCUGGACAGCCCCCCACCUUCCCCCGAGGCUGAGGACUAUCCCCCCAGCCCGCCGUCCCGUCGGAAAAAGCUGUUCACCUUCUCGCGGCCGCCUCGCAGCAAGGACACGGACAAGUUCCUGGAUGCCCUGAAUGAGCAGCUGGGCCACUCUGGCGCCAAUGUGGACGACUUCAUGGCCCUGGAAACAGAUUAUGAGGAGAUGAGCUUCCAGGACGAGCAAGAGGCGAGCUUCCUACCACACGAGCUGAGCAGCAAUGAGCAUCAGAGCAGUAGUGAAGAUGGGGUCUCCCUGACCUACUCCUCCAGCUCCGACCACAUUCCCCCGCCUCCCCAGAGCCCCCCGCCGCCCCCGCCCAUUCAGUUUAAUGACCCCCCUCUGCCUGUCACCUUCUCCCCGGAGCAUAUCCCCAGACCCUACUUGCCCUUCCAGCAUUACCCCAUUCCUCCACCACCUCCUCCCCCACGGCCGCCCCCCCCUCCCUGCAUCCCCCCUCCAUUGCCACAGUCUGCUCACUACACCCCAGACUCCAACCAUAUGAGCGUGAAGCGGCUACGCUGGGAGCAGGUGGAGAACUCCGAGGGCACCAUCUGGGGGCAGCUCGGCGAGGACUCUGACUACGACAAGCUGAGUGACAUGGUGAAGUACCUCGAUUUAGAGCUGCACUUUGGAACACAGAGGAAGACCAAACCCAGCAUCCUGCCUGAGACCUUUAAAAAGAAAGACGUGGUCGAGAUUCUUUCACACAAAAAGGCCUACAAUGCCUCCAUCCUGAUUGCGCACCUGAAGCUGUCCCCUGCAGAGCUGCGGCAGGUCCUGAUGACCAUGAUGACAGAGAGGCUGGAGCCGUCGCACAUCAGGCAGCUGCUGCUAUACGCUCCCGAUGAGGACGAAGUGAAGCAGUACGAGCCGUACAGCCACAAUCCCAGCAAGCUGAGCGAGCCCGACCAGUUUGUUUUUCAGAUGCUGUCAGUUCCUGAUUACAAGACACGUCUGAGGAGUCUCCAUUUCAAGACAACGCUGCAGGAGAAGACGGAAGACUUAAGGGUCAGCUACGAGUACAUUCAGAAGGCUUCCAUCGAGCUGAGGAACAGCAAGAGACUGGCCAAGAUCCUUGAGUUUGUGCUAGCAAUGGGGAAUUACCUGAACAAUGGUCAGCCAAAGACCAACAAAACCACGGGAUUUAAAAUAAACUUCCUCACUGAGCUCAGCACUACAAAAACUGUGGAUGGCAAAUCAACUUUCCUACACAUUCUCGCCAAAUCAUUAAGCCAACACUUUCCAGAACUUGUAGGCUUUGCCAAGGAUCUUUCAACUGUUCCGUUUGCUGCCAAAGUCAAUCAAAAAUCCAUUACAGCAGACCUUCAUGAUAUUCAUUCAACUAUCAAGGAUAUCAGGAUUGCCUGCCAAAAAAUGCCUACUAAUGAUGAAGAUCACUUUGCUGCUGUGAUGAGUAGCUUCUUAGAGAACUGCCAUCCCACAGUGCAGUGUCUGGAUUCCCUGCAGCACCGUGCCAUGGAUGAAUUCUCCAAGGUCGCGUCUUACUUUGGAGAAGACAGCAAGGCCACCACCACAGAAGCCUUCUUUGGUAUUUUCGCCGAAUUCAUCUCAAAGUUUGAGAGAGCGCUUCAUGAGACCCAGGUUGUGGAAUACAGCAGGAGUUCCCACAUGACUUCACCCCUGGCCUGGUGAGAGCUGGCUGGGAGCCUUCAGAUCUCACUCAUGCCAGUGUGACGGGGACACACACAGAGCACUUUGAUGACUACUGGAGAACUCACUUACCUCGGAGAAUAUCAACUUCAUGUGGGAAAAUUAACAUAACUUCAUAUACAGUAUUUCAGACAUGUCUUGUCUGGCAAUAUCUAUUUAUAGAAGGUUGUUUUAUAUUUAAAUUUAAAGUGGGACAGCAGAUCAAGUGGCAGCAAGCGUUUAUUACUAUGAUCAUUCAAAGUGGGUUAAAACGCACAAUUCCAUUGCAGAUUAUUUAAAAGGCUCAGCUUAUCAGUUAGACAUUGGAACACAACACAAAGAAUUAUUUUUCGGUAAAAGAUGAACAAAUCAUGGAUUUGCUGGAUUGGCUGAAAAAGUAUUAUGUCUCGGAGGUGAUACAAAGGAUGAUCAGCUGUUUUUUUUCUUCUUCUAUCGCCAAAGGAUGAUGAACUGUCAAACUGACACUUAUUUAAAAAAAAAAAAAAAAAAAAAAAAAAAAAUUGUUUAUAUGUCUACAGGUGGGUGACAAGGUGCCUCACUGGGAAACAGUGUCGCAUAAAGCAUCAAGGAUUGGUGGAAUCACAUCUCUGCCGUGUGAUGAUAUAUAGAGGUAGAAGUUACUGGUUAUCCAUACGUUCAGUGCAGAGGUGGGGUAUUAACCCUCUGCAGGCGUGAGGAAACAGUCCAUCCAUUAUACUAAUAUAGUAUAAUGCCGCUAAUGUUUAAUUCAGAAAUGAAGAAUGAUGGUAUAAUCAUACAUUAUACAUCUCAGUAUAACAUAAUACAUUACAUCAUGGACUAAAGGUACAAGCAAAACAAUAUGAACAUACUUGUAUAGCGUUAUUGUUUCACUGUAAUGUCCUUUGCAAUUGAUUUUUAUAACUGGAUAAUGAGACCAUAUUCAUAUAUCACAGUAGUAUACAAAAUGUUCAACCGAAUUUUUAUUUGUUGAUAAUUUAUUUUUUGCAUAUUAAACUGAAGUUAAUACAGCAAUGCAUACACAGUCAAAGACUGGGAUAUGAAAAUAUUACUGUGAUAUACCUGUGCUGGUUCUCACUUCUUGCCUGAGUAUUGUGCUGUUAGUCCAUUAUAACCUCCUUCACAGCUUCAGACACUGGAAAGCGCAAGUAUGUGAAAACCUAACAGGUCUUACUGUGCAUGCAGACAUUUUUCAUUUUUGGUAUUGCUUGAUGUGCUUCAGGUUUACAGGAACGGUCUUCUAACUGUAGUGCCACAAAUAAUAUCAAUAUAACGUAAGAAGCCCAUGCUAUUUGAUAAGGCGGUAUGUGACCACCACGUGCCAACACCUUCAGCCAAAGGUAUUAGGUAUUAUUUUCACUGGCUACACCUGAGAAUUUCACUGAACAGCCACAUACUAGCAGUGUCCCAAGAACAUCAAUGUAGCAUUAAAACUAACCUGCUUUAUUUCUGGGCAGCUCAAUAGCUGCUCUUAUGAAUUUGUUCAAAUAAAACAGAAUUGGAAACGAUACAUUUUGUUUUAAAAUCCAUAUAGCUGACAUAAACAUUUUGGCAUAUAUCUCAUGGAUUCUCAAAGUAUAUGUUACUAGGUUAUAGAUUAACUUUCAGAAUUUCAGAAAGAAAUAGAACUCUUAGCGUUUUCAGGUUUAAUGAUCAGAUCAUUUUACAAAUUCUAAAUAUGGUUAGUUAAAUGAAUUUAUUUGAAUAUAGAUAAUUUUAUUCAACAAUAUAUUAAAUAUAAAUUGAAAUCAAACUGUUUGCUGCUUUUACAUUUUUUUGUUAAUUUUAUGUUUAAGUAGAGGUGUGCUGCUACUGUGAAAUGUUCAAUAUUGGUCUGAAAUAAUGCGGGCCACAUUAUGGCUUGUGAUACAAGAUACCUAUUUUGUAUUGUGUACAGUAAAGACAGCUAGUUCUGGAAAAUAAACAUUCUAUAUGUAUUCUAA